AGCCAAUCGCUCAAAUCGCUUGUGCUUUUAUGAAAUUAGGGUUAUUCUCUUUCGAAUCGAAUCAAAAUAAAGAAGAAAUGGUUUGGAAUUACCCAGAAAUCUCCAAGGAAGAUUUCAUCAAACUAUUGAAAGGGUUUGUGGAUUUGCUCAUUUUAGCAUCUGGGUUUCAAUCUUCUGGUGUUCCUGCUCAUUGGGAUUCUGAGAAUUGCAAGAAAGCUCUUCAAUGGGGUCUCUUCUUCGAAAAUGUUUUAAGAAGCAUAAAGAGUUCAGAUACGUUUGGGGAAUCUGUGAGAGAGCUUGAUGAAGCAAUAUCAGAGAUAAAAACCAACCCUUUGUUCCCAAAGGGUUUGGAGAAUUUAUCAUCAGAUACUCUUUCAAAUGGGAGAGAAUUUGUGUUAGAGCAUUUGAUGAAUAACUCGACAUUGAAGGAUAAACAACUCCGAGCUAUUCUGGUUGCAGCGGUGGAAUCAGGUGACGGUAUUAGAGAGAUAAUUGAUGGGAAGCUCUGUAAGAGGCAAUCUGUUGUGUCCUGUGUAUCAGCACUUGAGACUGGUUUGAAUAUCCUUUCUAAGCACAUAGAGCCCAAAGAGUUGCUACAUAGAGAAGACAAUAAUACAACUUUCUUGAGCUCGGAAAAACAGCCUAUUGAGCUUUUGACCUGGAACAUCUGGCAAUCGAAAGCUAUAUCUUAUUUUCUUAGUAAGAGAACCUUAAGAUUGGUAUCGGGAGCCAGCUUGAUAUUUUCUUCACCAAAAGCUCAGUAUAUCCAUAUUGGACUCUUCUGUUAUGUUAGAAAAGUGGUCACUCUUACUUGGAACACAUGUGGUGAUAUUGCUGAAGAGCAGGAGCUAUUGUUACUAGGAUGCGUUUCAAGCAGAUGGACUCAUUUAAUCGAAGGUAUCAUGUUAGUUUCCUACAAAUCUGUCACUGUGUCAGAACAAUACGAGGAGUUAUGCAAGCUGCUUCUUCAAAGAUCUAAAAGUUUAAAACAGAACGAGAUUGCUUUGAAUUCAAAGGUUGAAGAGAUUCUAGAGUAUCUAACAGAAAUACUAGAGAGUCGUUUACAUCACCUCUGGAAAUUACCUUCCGCCCUUACCGCAGCAGCAAUUCCAUCAUGGUCACCUCUGUUUGGUCUGUAUUUUGGCGAAAUAGAGAAACAGUUGAAACUAGACCACUCAACAACAAGAUGUUGUAGCUGCGAUAAAGAUCUAAACGAGCACAAGGACUGUGAGCUCGCGGAAAGAGUUUGGUCCUUGUACGUAUUCCAUAUCUGCAAAUGCCACUAGAAAAAAACUAAUGGUCAUUGAUCAAUACAAGAAGAUCAGCUUUCUUCAAGGUAGGAUCACAUUGAUGCAGAUGUUUUGUCAAUAUAGCUUAUGAAAACUCUGUUUUCUUGCGUUUGCGAUUAGACGAAGAAAAAAGAAUCACAAUCAGUUCAAUAAAUUGGUAUGAUGGUU